UUUCUUACAUUAAACCUUCAUUCAUUAAACCUGAAAAUUAUGUACAAAAAGCGAAGUAAAUAGACCAAAUCUUAUUAAUUGUAUUGUAUCAAUUGAAUAAUUGAUAAAUGUAUAGUUUGGCGACAAUGUGACUGACAACGAAAAAUUGUAUAAACCGUACGUUAAAAACCUAUUGCCAUUUUUGCUAACCAUAAAUUCAACACCAAUCAAAAUGGAAUAUUUGCAUCUGAAUUACUAGUUCCUCGUGUUCCUAGUGCCUACUAAGUACUAGCUGGAACUACUACUAGAACUAGGGUAAAUUAUUAAGUACACAAAGUGCCCCCACUAUUCCUAUAAUUGUUGAUGUUUAAAACCGUUUCGCUGGUUACCUAUCACUAUUGAAGACGUGUUCUUGUUUCGUGUAGAGAUGGAUGCCGUCCAACAGAUUACAUCAGACAAUGCAAUAGAUUUCAACGAAUGGAAGAAAAAAGCAAUAUGUUGUCAAGAUAUUUUUUCCGAGUUGUUGGAAGAUAGAAUUUGGGAUGAAUUCAAGUCAGCAGAAAAAGAAUACAUGUAUUCAAAACUAGCUCCAGCAUUAUUUGGCAGACCUUUGGCUGAUGAUAAAUAUUUGGGUUUUUCCAAAGAACAAAGGGAUCUAGCUGAAGAUAUUAUCAACAGAAUUGUCAGAUACUCAAUUUAUGAGGACAAAAUCCAAAUAGCAGUUAUUUUUGUAUGUGUUUACCAUGAUCGACAGUUAUUAACUGUCCCAGUGAUACGAGUAAGGACGACUGACAGUGUGGAAGAAACAGAAAUCUCAGAAAAUGCAUUCAUUGAUCAUCUUGGUAGGUUUUAUAAAAACUGGACGAUCUAUUUAAAAACAAAUCAAUGGUACAGAUCUUGUCUUUGUGUCCCAAAUAAUGGUUACUACUCGAGUGAGCGUGAUUAUAGUUUUAUAAACCAGGAGAAUUAUGGUUCAUUACUUAUGAAGUUGGACAAUAUAUCAUCACAAACUAACAUAGUCUCGUGUGUAACAUUACUUACUGGUGCUGUUAUGUCCUCUUUUCCACCCACUACUGUUCCGGGUGUUGUACUGAUGGCAACUUCAAUGGGAAUCGGAGCUCCAGGAAUGGUUUUUGGGUUUUUUAGAAGUGCUCAAUUGCUCCUCGACAGGAAAAUGCACCAUCAAAGUAUUGGACUAAAAAACAAUGAAGCAAGACAGAGCUGGUUACACAUGUCAGGAAGUGUUUUGGCAUUGGGUACAUUUGGAUGUAGUAGAUUCAUUGCUGCUUGUGCCAGAGCGGGCAAAACAAUCUCAGGAUCUGUAAAUAUACUGUUUUCAAGUUUGCAGCUAUCCUCGAUUGGAGUUUCUGGUUUUGGAGUAGUUAAUUCUUUUUAUGAGUUAAAAAAGAAAAAAGGAAAACCCUCCUCUUUGGAGAUUUUACAUUUAACUACAUCAACGCUACUAUUCACCCACAGUUUGUUCUCUAUAAAAACUAUGAAUUCAAUAAUUAAUGAAGAACAGAAUCAACCCAUAUUAAAUAUAUUGAAAAAUGGCCAGCUGAACCUAAAUGUUGCCCCCGAAAAUAAAGUUAACCCAGUAAUUAAAGGCAAACGAGAAUUUAUUAAGCACUUCAGAAAAAUAGAUAAUUUUUCUGCAUUAAUUAAUAACUUCCAGACGACAGCUGAUAUUCAAAUGAACGCUUUAUUCUCAUCAUUACUGAAAUCUCCUGAAUCAUUUUGUUUACUGACUAAGUCCGUCAAAGCUGAAAUAAUAGCUCUUCUAGAAAAAUUAAGAAAAUACCAGAUAACAGAAAACCAAUUUAUAAAUAAAGUUCCUAAAGAAAUAAAAGACUUUGUAAAAGUUAACAACACAAGCAAUAAAGCAAAGGUUGAAGAAUCUGAUAAUUUAAAAACAUUAACAAUUGGAGACAAAAGAAUUGACGAACUCAAUUUAAUUGAAAAGACAAAAUGUGAAAAAAUAAUUGAAGCUUUUUAUGUAGAAUUACGUCCUGUCUGGAGAGUACUGGAAAAUUUGAAAUUUAGCAAUAGUCUUCAUUUUUACCAGGUUGUAAAAAGAUUUGUUGACUUCAUUGAAAACGAACUUUCACAAAGGAGAAUUGCAAACCCUACGCCUAAAAGACCAACAGGAGUCAGUGUACCUCAACAUUAUCAGCUCGAGAUUGAGAAGGAAAUUUCUGAACAGAACACAUGCGAAAAAUGCCUCACAAAUGAAUUGAAAGGGCUUUAUGAAAAAUGCCAAAAUGAUUCUUUUGAAUUUGAAGGCUUUAUUCCUGAAUUGAACAUCUUGCCUUUUGAACAGUGCUGUAGCAUUGUGGAUGAAAUGGUAGGACAUGAGGUCACUACAAAACAAUGGCAUCAGAAAGAUUUCUCUCUAGAUUGUAAGUUUGAAUCAAAGUAUAAUAUUACAGAAAGCAUUUCAUUUAUUACUAUCGAUAGUUCGUCAGUAUUAGUAGUUUAUGAUGCAAAAGAGCAAUAUAGACUAUACAGUGUUUAGAAGAAAAUAAAAGUUAAAUAGGUCUUAGUACAUGUUAUUCGUUUGACUUGUAAAUAACUUUUUGUUCACAAUAGUGUAUAAUGUUGACUACAUGUUGCCUUUCACACCACCAAAAGGGCCUGAGAUGAUACUGCACUAUAUAGCGUUCAUCAGUUUGUAGAUAACCCUCCAGUGCAACUAAAUGCCACACCACACAAUGAUAAUAAACGUAGAACACCUGUGGCAUCCCCAUUCCAUGGUUGUCCAUGUUUAGGUCUCUUUCAUUCUAUAAACCCUAACAAGCAGCUGACCACUAUGGUUCUGAAAAUCUUUUUUAUGACUUUCCUUUCUCAUCUUAACUCAUCCACCCUGGUGAAAGCUCAUUUCUGAACCACAGGUGCAUUAUUACUUUUCACAACUCAACCUUACAAAUUCUUAUGUUGGCUGCCCUAAUAGUAGUCUGUAAGCGGUUCUGGAGUUCCUCGUCAAUCUUUGUCCAAUUUAAAACCCUUAAUUACUUCAAAUGGAUGUUUUAAAUAAUUCUUCCUCUAGUCAGGAACAUGUACCUGUAAUCAUGAAUAUUUGUUUCCAAGGCUUAUGCUUGGGCAGCAGUACCCCUUAUUUCCUUAAGCUAGAAUGCCACAUCAGGUGCUAACAUUGCACAUCCUGGAAUAAAUAUUUUCUGAGAGAAUUCUGUUUACUUUUUAUAAUACCAUUACUGAAUUGGAACACCUCGCAUAUGACCUGGCGUGAUAUGUAAAGUCAUUUAGAUUUUCUUCUGUUGCUUUUGUAUAUCUAAUAGCAUGAUCCAUGAUCUGUUUUUCUUGUUCCCCAAGAUCCCUUCACAACUAUAAAGGCCAGAUCAAGUGCAGACGUAUGGCACUUUAAAGUCAAGAAACAAUUCCUGCUGUUCUUUCUAUUCGUAGCACUUACUUUCCCAUAAUGUUUAAUUGGGGAAAUAAAAUUUGUCUUCUGCUUUAGAUUAAUAACAUUUAAAUUAGAAUUACUACUUACAUCAUUAAUGUAUGUAUAAUGAAAAUAAUGUUUAAAGUAUAUUUUGUAUAAGCACAUCAUUUAUUUGUAAUAAUCAUAUUUGAUUUAAUUAAAUUUGAACAAUGUUAAUUUUUUUUAUACCUUAUACUCUACUACUACUAGUUUUGCCACUAUACUGUAGCAUUUAAGCUUGUAUAAUUUUCCAUUUGAAAGCUUCCUUGGUAAGGAAUAAGAGAACGGGUCUGUGAUGCUUACAUAUGUCGUACUGAUGUAGAUACAUAAUUCUAUACCAUAACCUGUCCAUUGUUGACAAGCUUAAAACAAUUCAUACGUGCAAAGUUUUCCUGGGACCAAGAUUCUGUCUUCUAGUGAGUUCAGUACGAGCAGAUGCAGUUGGAGACUGGACAUGUAUUCAGAAGCCCUCGUUUGGACCCUUUUAAUCAAGUGUGAUAUGGGUGAUUAAACAUGUAAUGUGGCGCUGUGUACCAGUGAUUGGAGGAUCUUUAAGGCAAAUAGUCAUCAGGAGUGCAAAUAAAGUUGUUAAGGAUAAAGAUGUCUUUAAAAUAUAUAAGAAACGAUACUGGCCAUGAGUGAGAGCCCUGAGGCACACCAUGACUAUAGACGGGUGUCAAUAACCUUUUUCUAAAUUACAAUUCAAUAAACAAAAUUCAAACCAUCCAAGAGGAUAUUACAUAUUCUAGCUUAUUUUACUGGAAAAAAACCAAGUAAAGUCAAUUUAUUUGCCUUCUGUUUUAACAAUUAUAACUGUAUCUUGUCUAGUCCUGGAAUCAAUAAUAUUUCAACUCUUUUUUCUCUGAAACACUCAUUUUACUGUAAAAUUGCUAAGCUCACUUGAACAUGAUACUUACAUCUGAUCGGACUGAUUUACUUUGUUACAAACUACUACUAUAUUUAACAGCAAGACAAAAAUUAAUCUAUACCUUACAAUUAAAAUAAAAUAUAUAUGCAGUAAACAUUAUUUCUGAAACAUUCAGUUCAUAUAAAAUGUAAUGGUUCUAUUUUCAGUUUUUCAGUAUGCAACUACAUUUUUCAUAAAUUAAAUUGCUGUCCAAUAGCGGUUUUAAAACCUCUCCUUGAAAUCUGUUCAAUAGUACAGUUCGCUCACUGAAAACAGAAGAUAAUUAAGUCAAAUAUUCUUUUUACAAAAAAAAGUUUUAAUAGAGGUUAAAGUUCCUUCCAAGGACAUUUUGUAUUGUUAAAGUUUGGACAAUAGAACUUCAAACAAGUAAACCAAAACAUUGAGAAAAUAGUCUUUAUGAAUCACAAGAACAAAAAUCCUCUGUAUACUAGGUUAAAAUUGCAUAGCAUGUCUCCUUAGAAAAGUAAACUAAAUCUCUGAUCUAUACAAAGCCAGUAAAAGUUAAUCCGUCCAACCUUGGGGUCGGUUAAAAGGUUUAAUUAAGAAGUGCAUGUACACAAUAUUUUGCUUAAAAAGGUUUUUCAUUUAUUGCUAAAAUUUCAGAAAUUUAUCAUAGAAAAAAUUAUAAAUGCAGGGAUACCUUAAUAAAUCUUCCUCUAAGAUGAAACAAUUAAAUGACGUUACAUAAAUAUUUUUAAUUUUAGCUACAUGGGAAUAACAAGGAGGUGAGAAAUUUAACAACUACAACAACAGUAAAUAAUAAAUUAAACAGAUUUCAUCAGCCUAUAUUAAUUAAUAAACAAAAAAUGUUGCAACUUUAGCCUCUAAACAGUAAAUAGGUGUAUCGUUUCUGUUUGUAAAUAAAUAUAACAAAAUUACAUACCUUUGAAAAGUAGGUAAAACUGUUGUUGAAUAAAUCUUUAGGUCAAUAUAACUAUAUUUAAAAAAAAAUUACUAUUAAUAUACAUACAUGUAUAAAAAUCUAUUAUUUUUCCCAGCCACAAACAUGUUAUGCCAUCACAACAUAAACAAGUUUGAUAGAGCAAAGAAAAUGAUAACUUUUGCCAACCAAAAAUAAUAAAAGGAAAAAAUGUAAUUGUAGUUUUUGUAAUAAGUGUUUAAUAUGUAGACACACUGACAGAUUUAACACUAUUUUUUUUUAAAUUCAAUUAAGUUAGUUUAUGUAUUACUAACUGUACUAAUUGUUUUGGCAAUACAGUAUUUUCCAUAUUUGUUAAAUUAAACAUUUUUUUAAAAUAAUGUAGUAAAUAUGACAAAAGGAAAUUUUUUUACAAAAGUUUAUAGAGCAUGAAUUUAUUAUUAUUGAUGCUAGAAAAUUUACAGCAUCACAACUAUUUCAUAUAUACAUUCACAAUACAACUGUUGACCCAUCCAUUCAGAUUUAAAUGGUAUUGCAACUUUUCAAACUGAUUUGAAGAUUGAUGUUAUUCUUAAAAAAUAAGGAAUGAUUUAGGAUUAUGCAAUUUAAAUGCUUCUGGCAUUUCAGAUUUUAGUUUUUGACUAUGACCAAUAAAAUAAGUUACAAUGAUGAAGUUUCUAUGUAUUAUACAAAACUAGGUGAGGAAAUAAAAUAAAUUGAGCAAAUUAUGAUCAACACAAACUAUGCAAAUUACUUAUCAAUAUGCAUUGGAAAACAGUACAAUAUCCAAACAAACAAAUCAAUUAAAAAAAGGAGAAACA